AUGCCAAAGCAAGCACGUCGUUCUCAUUUUGAUCAUUUGGAAAUCAAUGAUCUUGCACCAACCGAUUUAACAAAACGUCAAGCAUCUACCACCUCACCCGGUACAGGUACUCCUUAUCCUCCUGCAGGCUCUGAUUCACCUGCUGCAAGCACUCUACCAAAGUCAUGGGUAGACAAAUACAACGCUGUCAAAGCAGCUGGCUUGAUUCCAGACAUUCCAGUAAGCAAGGAAAAUGCUCAAGGUACAGUUGAUUACCCCCAGGGAACCGAUAUGUCCAAAGUAUGUUCAUGGACCGACCAAAAGUGCUUCAACGGUGAUAUCUAUCAAGCUCCCGAUAAUGCCGUUGCUUUCGGUAUCGAUGACGGACCAACACCAAACGGUACAUCACAUUACAUUGACGUUUUCAAGACACAAAACAUUACUGCCACUCACUUUUUGAUUGGUAGUGCAAUCGUUUGGAACCAAGCUCAAUUAAAGUUGAUCGCAAACGCAACACCAAAACAAAAUUUGGCUAUUCACACAUGGUCCCACACCCUACAAACAACAAAGACUGACUUGGAAAUUGUUGGUGAACUAGGAUGGACUGCACAAAUCAUCUAUGACAUCACAGGAUACAUCCCUAACCAAGCCCGUAUGCCUGAAGGUGAUGUUGAUAACCGUGUACGUGCAAUUGCCAAGUACGUCUUUGGUAUGCAAUCAGUCAUGUGGACCCAUGAUGCAGAUGAUUGGUGCUUGCGUCAAGGAAACGGUACCGCAACGGAGGUUCAAAGCUGUGUUCAAAGUGCACCCAAUUUGAAGACCGUUACUGCUAAUGAAGUUGCUUGGGCAACACCAAAGACCAACAACACCGGUUGGAUCACAUUGAACCACGAAACAACCGAUCAAGCAGCCAAAGCAUUCGACAGUAUGGUUCAAGCCACCCACCAAGCCGGAUGGAACAUCGAAGGUGCCGUGCCAAAUUUGCAAGGAUUACCAUGGUACAACAAUGCAUACGGACCAAACGAUCCACCGACCAAGCAAGAUAACAUUUUGCCAACAAAAGAUUUCAUCAAUGUUACUGACCCAACUGCACCAAAAGGUAGCGCAAAUGCACCUAAAUUGGGCAAUUGGGCCAAAGUUGCUGCAACACAAAAUCCAUCAGUUGGCUCGCAAGCAUCAGGUGGCAGUAGUGGAUCAUCAUCAAGCAAAACCAGUGGAGCUAUGGAAGUUACCGUUAACACAGCAUUCGUUAGUAUGGCAGUUUUGAGCAUUGCAAUUGCCUUGUCCGCUUGA